AUGAGCUUACGACGUCUUACGCCAUUUCUGGAUAGUGACGGAUAUUUACGCGUGGGAGGACGCAUUGACAAAUCUCUUUUACCAUUUAAUUCUAAACAUCAAUUGAUUUUACCUAAACGACAUCCCUUAACGGAUCUUAUAAUCGAUGACGCUCACCUGGUCAAUUUACACGCGGGAUCUCAAUUAGUGCGUAACUCACUUUUACAGCGAUAUUGGAUUUUGUCGAGUCGCGAUAUCGUGCGCCAGCGCAUACAUCGCUGCGUACGGUGCUUCCGCGCGCGCCCCGUGCGUAUGCAACCGCGUAUGGGACAGAUCCCUGAAUCUAGACUACGUCCAACUCGUGCCUUUAAAAAGACGUCUGUAGAUUUUGCGGGUCCUUUUUACGUUCGUGCUAAUAAAGUUAGGAAUGCUAAAGUAAUAAAGUGUUACGUUGCAGUUUUUGUAUGUAUGGCGGUAAAGGCCGUACAUCUUGAGCUCGUAUCCGAGUUGUCUGCAGAAGCCUUUCUGGCCGCCCUACGACGCUUUACGUCUCGGCGUGGCUAUUGUACAGACAUUUAUUCAGAUUGUGGAAGGAAUUUUGUCGGUUGUAAUAAUUAUUUAAGGGAUUUAUACGCGUUUUUACGUAGCGAUCCAGUUCUAAAUAUUUUAAAUAAACAAACUUUGAAGCAGGGCCUUACGUGGCAUUUUCAACCUCCUUACGCUAGUCAUUUCGGCGGCUUGUUUGAAGCCUCCGUAAAGAGCUUUAAACAUCAUCUUCACCGCGUGGUAGGGACACGAAUUCAAACGUACGAUGAGAUGCACACACUAACGUGUCAGAUAGAAGCUGUUUUAAAUUCACGACCUCUUUGCGUAUUGAGCUCGGAUGCUUCGGAUCCUCUCCCAUUGACCCCAGCGCACUUCCUGGUAGGAGAACCCUUGACGGCGGUCCCUGAUGUCUCCUUGGUAGACGAAAAUCCUAAUCGCCUAACUCGUUGGCGCUGGAUUCAACAGUCGGUUCAACAUUUUUGGAAACGUUGGAGUAAGGAGUAUCUUCACGAACUCCAACAGACUAAUAAAUGGUUCCAAGACCGCGGCUCCACUCUCCGUGAGGGCACUGUUGUUGUGGUAUGUGACGAGAAUCUUCCACCUCUCCAAUGGAAGCUCGCACGUAUUCACGCGCUUCAUCCCGGCUCUGAUCAGGUCGUACGAGUCGUAACACUAAGAAUGGGCAGUACGCUUUUCAAACGUCCUGUUGUCAAGAUUUGUCCUCUACCAUUACAAUAG